CGUCGCCAGGCAACCGCGUGUACACACACUGCAGGCGGCCCAAGUCGCGUCAACAUGGCGGCGCACGGCGCCAGCCCGAGCCUCAUGUCGGACGCAUCUCACUCCUCCGUGUCGCCCCAAGAACUGCCACCGACCCCACCCCCGACUUCGAAUGCAGUUUCAGAGUCGCCCCGGGAGUCGAAGGCGAGCUCCGCGAACCCGCUGCUGCUCCAAGUGACCAGUCCCGAGGACCCUUUGCCCAUCGCUGCGUUUUAUGGACCGUUGGACGCUAAAAACCCGCUUCUCGCCACUUUCGAGAAGGAGAUACGGGAGUUGUUAGGCUUUAUUAAGAAGAAGAAGGCUUUAGAGACCACGACAGAAGAGAAGCACGAAUUGCGUCGGCGUUGUGCCACCUCUUUGUUUGAUAUUUGGACCAAAUACGCCCCCCGGCUGCCAGAUGACUAUUACAAUGAAAAGCUUCUGAAGGUUGGAGAUAGCCUUUGUCAAAUGAAAGAAUACAAACUGGCUCUUUGGCAGUGCUAUGGAAGAUAUCUUCAGCAGUUCAGUACCAAUUUUGAUGAGAAUGAAGCAGAUGUGAAACAAUUCAAAGCUGUCUUUUUUCCAAAAGGCUUUGGAGAUAAAACUGCUGCACUUACAUUUCAUGCUUUGAGUGCCAAAAAUAUUUGCAACUACCGGCUGAUCUGUGAUGCUGAUCUAAACAUGAAGAAUAAAGAAUCUGUGAACCAGUGUCUGUCUAUCUUGUUCUCCUUAAGGCUCAUCAUGCAGGUGGCUUUGCCGCAGGAGCACCUUUGUUGGAUUAUCUUCAAUGGUACCAUUUAUAUUUAUACCAUUUGCAGGAAACUGAUGAUCCUGGGUCAGUCCUCCAAGGCCUUAGAGUACCUGCUGUGGGCCAGCAUGUGUAUGGAGUCCUCAGUCCCGCUCCUGUCUGUCAGGUACUUGACAUGGAGAACUACUCUUUACACCGCUGUCUGCCAGUGUUACUAUGACUGCCAAGUGGGUGUUCAUGGGGAGGCAUUUGCUCGGCGUGGAUUAGCUAAAAUUGAUGAGUUAAGGCAACUGGAAUUAAUGAGUUCCUCACAGUCACAGGAAGAAUCCAGAAGAUAUUUUAGAGAGGCCACAAUAAAGAUGGCGGUGAUGAUCUUCAAAAGAGGAGUAUUUGAAUCUAGAAGAAAAACCAAAACUGUCUUUAGACCAAAGAUAAGACUUAACCUAAAGGAAGCUCAAAGCUUGCCAUGGCCACGUACCAUUACAGAGCGGCUGUUGGAUGAAAUGUUUGAUAGCUCUGCAUCCCGCUUUCUGGCUGUCUUGGAAGCUCUUUCUGAUCCAACCAGGCGAACACUACAAACUGGUCCUAUUGUAACCGAUGAAGUGGAACUUCGUGAUGUUGUCUCAGAACUGUUUAUAGCUGGAAAAGAACUUUUAAUGAUGUCAAGUAUUGGUCCAAGUGGAAUGCUUGGUUUUCCCAACACCUCUCUUUUGGAACUUUUGAUGGAAAGAGCAAAUGUUAUUUCUCUGGAAGCUGCUGUAAAAUUUAUAAAAUUAGCAUUUACUUAUGAAGAAUGGAGUUUAUUUGAAUCUUCAGCUAUGCAGCUUAUUUAUUUUCUCCAGAGGCAGGAUGAUCCAGAGUCAAAGAAAGCAGAGAAGGAUUUAACUCUUCUGAUUGCAAUAGAACCACUAAUCAACCUGAAGAGAAACAAAGGUCUGAUAAUCCCUUUGGAAAAUUAUAAAGAAGGAGAGUCAACUCGAAUUUAUUUAAAGCAAAUUGCUUCUCAUGAUUUUUAUGUGAGGAAUUAUGGAUUUUCAGAAGAUAUUUUUCACUUGGCAGCUAUCCUGUACAUCUGUGUCUGUAACUCUCCCCAGGAUGUUAAGCCUGAUAAAGAAAUCGUUGUGGACAUGAUAAUGUUCCUGUGGCAGAAAUGCAAAUUUGGAAUUCAGAGGAUCAGUACGUCCAGAUAUGACUAUGCAAAAUUCACCCAGAAAAUCAGCAGUAAUAAAUGGUUUUAUCUUCUGUGGCAGAUAAAUGAAGUGAUUCACCACUAUAAAUUGGAAGACAUUGACAUUGUGGUGGUGGCAGAGGUCACAUUACGAUUAAGUGAAAUAUUAGAGUCUUUAGCAAACCCAAGGAGAAAAUUUAAAAAAUAUCCAGAUGCAUCUUUAAAAACAGAGAUUAAGAUAUUCCCCGGGACUCCAAAAGGGAUCCUGGAUGUUCUUCCAAUAUUAAAGAAAAGUCCUGUGGAACAGUUGUUUUUUGCUUACGAACUUCUUGACAAAGUAAUUGGUGCAAUGAAUUCUAAUUGUGUUCUAUCUACAUUGCCAAGUGGAUCACCAGUAAUUGACCACUGCUAUGUCAAGUGUUCCCCUGAGUUAGAUGGAAACACUUACAAACCAGUUACAGCCAAUAGUUUCCUAAUGGAUUUGCAUCUGGAACUAAUUCAAGCUCAGCACCGGAUAACCAUUGUGCUUCUCGACAAAUUGCAAGUUUUGCAGGCUCCAACUGCUAGCAAAAACAUUUCUGCCAAAGAUUCAGAAAAGUUAAAACAAUCUAGAAGUGAUGGUUGUUUUACAGAAUUAAGUGUAAUGAAUAAAAUAAAGAAGAACAAACUAUCCAAAGCGAUUUACUUAAUGCAGAAAGCUCUUGUAUUAUUUGAGAAAGAUGCAGACUGUAUGACUUCACAGAACUUUUUGAUGGAAGCGUAUUCUUUAAUUGCGAAAGUUGAAGCAGAACAAAAUGCCCUAUAUUCAUAUCAGAAAUAUUUGGAAAGCUCAAAAAGAAAGAAGAACAGAAUCCCUCCUCCACCUCUGCUGCUAUCCCGAACUCAUUGUUCUGUGACACUGAAACCUACUCCGUUUAUUUCCGAUGUUAAGGUGUCCUGGUACUGCAUUUUGGGUUGUAAAGCAGAAGGAAGUUAUGGAAAAGUGAGGCUAAAUAACAAUCAUCUCCCAAAUUCAGGAGAAGCGAUUCCAGCUGACGGUAAAAGUAUUUUUGAAGUGAAAGGUUUAGAAAUGAAUGAAAAAUACAUAUUUGCGGUUGCUGCUUAUUCUUCUAAUGGGAAGCUUGUUGGUGAUGCUAUUGGGGAGACAACUAAACCAAUUCUGGUUUACCCACCUCUUUCUACUGUUACUACUCGGAUGUACCUGACGCAGGUUGCCUAUCAGAUUGGUAACUACGAGUUGACUAAGAAGGUUUUUUCUCCAGUUUGGGAUUAUUUUGUUGCCUCACCGCUUCAGGAUGAACAAUCCACUAUUUGUUUGAGCAAUAUAAUGACUAUUACACAGAGAAGGUUAUAUUCAGAUAUUUUGGCAGAGACUUCUUCAAUCCUCUUAUUUCUUUUUCUUAGAAAUAUCUUUGUAAUAAGUGACAUUAAAAUUAAAGAAGAAAAUCUUUUCUGUGAUAAUAUCAAAGGCAAUGAUAUUUUCCCUGCUCAGCAAAUGGCUAGACUGAUGGAAUGUGAGAGGGUAUUAGUGGCAUUGGAACUUAGCAUCUUUUUGAAUGAUUCCAGUUAUAUCCUUCAAGCUGUGACUCAGUGUUAUGGCCUUCUUGCUCCUAUAAUAUAUCACAAUAUUGUUUUGGUACCUGUUGUACAGAUCUUGAUAAAGUGCUUAGUGGUUUUGCAAGGGGUCCCAAAUGUUGUUCACUUGAAGAAAAAUAUUUCGAGUUUUGAAAGUAUACAGCACAUGAUAGCCUGUUGUUUCUUCUAUGUAACAAAGAUUCUACGUUCAUGGAAGGAAUAUGAUCUGGCAGUAAUGAUUAUAAAUUAUGGAAAAAAGAUGUUGGACGUCACAUCAGAGUGCAAGUCUCUCUUUGGUAAGAAUGAUCCAGAAGAAAUGGCAGAUGAGGGUUCUUCUAAGAAAUCUUUAAAAACUAAGAAGCCACAGCAGGUAUUUUUGCCUGAAAAAUUAAAUGAGCAACUGAACUUGUUGGAGUCACACCUGCUCAGGAUGAUAAAACAAUAUGUUGUGACUGAACUCUCAGGAGCAGAAGACCCUAUAUUUCUUUACCCUGUGGUUUUAAAUUGGUCAGUGAAAGGUGCUGUGAAAGAAGUUAUGAAAUUUAAGCACGGACCUAGAUUCCUGGAAUUUUUCACACAAGUUAUGCUUAAAUGCAUGAAUGAAGAAAAAUUUUCCCUUUUGGUGGAGAUAACCAUUCCUGUCUAUGACUUCUUGAAAAGGAGGAAUGAAUCCCUAAUUGGACAAAGAAAAAUAAGAUAUAGGGACAAUGUUGCUUAUAAAAAGGCAAAUAUGUCUUCAAAGAAGUUUAAAGCUGUAGUAGUAGAGAUUGGAAAAAAUGUAGAUACAUCAUCAAGGAAAAAGAACGUAAAAAGGGAAACUCUAAGAGAUUUUUAUGCCAAAAAUCCAUUUAUUUUUGAAAUCCCAGAAAAUGAAAGACAUAAGAGACCUGAUGUUAGAAAAGUAGCACAUCGAUACCUGAUGAAUCGUGUGAAUCCUCUAAUAUUAGAUUAUGUUAAAAGAAAGAGGUUUCAUCAAAUAUUUCUUGAGGAGAUGCCCUGGAGAGCUCAGAUGAACCUGUAUUUGGCAAUCACACACUACAACCUGCUUUUACAAAAGCUAGGGGAACGCAUGAAGAUGAAAUUUGGCGUUUCACACACGGUGGUCAGUUUCCGAUCAUGUGAUCCUAAUAUAUUCUCACUGUAUAAUUCAGGAACAGUAUUGCCAACAGCAAAACUGACUGUGGAAAAUUAUAUAGCAAUGCUUGAUUUCCUUCUUACAGCUAAAAAAAGAAAGGCUUACUUACCAUCAGAUGCUGAAGAAUUUUCUGCAUUUGUGAAUUCCAAAUCUAGUGAAGAUAAUAUACCCAAGACAAGAACAUUUUAUGAAUCAGACUUUCAAUCAGGUCUUAGUGCCAGAGAAAAGGAUCGAGCACAUUUGGAACUGGAUCAUUUUAUGAAAGUCUUUUUAUAUUGCAGGAGAGCAAUGGUUCUUGCUCAUCGUGGUGGCUACUGGACUCUGCUUCAGAACUGCUGUCGGACCUUUUGGAACUUUACUCAGGAGCUGCAAAUACUUCUUAAACAGACAAUGGAUCUUUAUAAAACAUUCCCUGUUAGCCAGGAUACUUUCCUCUGUACCUCUGUUUUGCCAUUCUAUUUGGGAGCAGAAUUACUUAUUGACAUGUUAUUACAUCUACAAAAUAUUGAUUCUAUUAAGUUCAUUGAAGACAAAGGAGAGUUCAUUGUUCCAAGCUGUUAUGGGAAUAUUAAAUAUGAUAAUGGUGGCUCUAGCCUUUCUUUUGAGCAUCCUUUGGAUGAUGUAAAUGUGGUUGACCUGAAAUGGAUCCAUGACUUUGUAUUAAAAUCUCUGGAAGUUUUAUAUCAAGUGGAAAAAUGGGAAACACUAGUGUCACUUGCCAUUCAUUUCAACAUAAUUUCACAUGAGAGGUACACAGAGCAGGUGACACCACUUCUGGUAUAUGCACAGCGCCAGUUGCUUCUGAGAAUACAAAGGUUCAAGGGCCCAGAUAUUACCCAGCAGUCUUGUGCAAGGUAUGAGGCUGAAUAUGGAGAGAAGAUUACCUGCCGAAAUUUCAUUGGGAAGCAGCUCAAGAUUGAUCCUUCAAUCAGUAAAACAAUAGAUACAGGGGACUGUACAGAUUUCCUAAAAGUGCUUAUCUCUUCAGAAUACAGCAGAGCCAAACAGAUUAUCUGCGUGCCCGUGGAUGUGACAGACACUUUGAGAUGCUUUAGAGAGACCCUGGAAAAAUCCAAAUACCAUAACAGAUCAAUCCGACACAGCAGAAAGUUGCUUUCAUUAUUUCUGGCACAGACACAAGGAGAUAAAGACGGAAUCACCAAUUUAAGAAUCAUUUCUGGAAAGGUGGAAUUUUGUCUGGGAGCAGAAGAGAUGCACAUGUCAACACCUCCUAAUCUUUCUCAGGAGCACUUCAGAGUUUUUAGUUCAGUGGAGAAAAGCAAACUUUCCUAUUCACAGCUAGGACUGGUCAUUUCUUCUUUUCACCAGACUAUUGAUGUUCUCCAAGCCAGCAAUCAAAGAAGUCUUAAAGUUCAGGCAUUGCAUACACUUGGGAAUCUUCUCAUCUUUGCAGAAAAGAAAAGGGCUGCUUUUAAGUGCUGGUGUGAAGCUCUUGAUGACAUAUUCAGAAAAUCAGAUGUGCUACAUACAUGGAAAGAAUUUGGCCCCUCCUCUACCAGUGCCCCCAACGGUUAUUCAUCUUCAGCCUUCAAAGACUACAGUGAGGAAUUUCUGUCAAAAGUUGGCAUUUGGGGGUGUCUGCAAGGUGCAGUCAUAUCAGCAAAGAUAGCACAGUUUAUUAAGACCCUGAAUGUUAACAAGAGAAUCAACUGCUGUAUUUUGUCUGCAUUACUCUUUCAGGGUUUGCUUCGAACCACACUUCCACAUCCCAAAGCCCAACGAAGUUAUGCUCAGUAUGAAAUCACUCAGCUUCUCCCGGGCAUUGAACUCUUCUCGGAUAGAAACAGGGCUGACAUCUGCUCGGUCAUUGCAAGCCUGUAUUACGUCAUACGUGAACUGCACUAUGCAAAGCAAAAUCUAAUGGUUCUGCCUCUCCUUGCAUUGUACCAAUAUUUUGUUUCUGGAAUUUGCCAAGACCUUAUCAGAAAUCUAGAAGCAAGAAUCCUCAAGGUAGAAGUCCUUACAGAUUUGCACUUCUUUUCUGAAGCCUUUUAUGAGUUAUCCCAGAUAUUUUAUGGAAAAAACAUGCCUUGCUCAGUCCCUUCUGGCUUUAAAGCUACUGGAAAAAUUAAGAUGUUUCCAUCAUUUGACUCAGGAAAACCUCUUACCAACAAAGAAAAUGUACAGGCACUUGAUGAAUUAAUAAAUAGAGGCUUGCCUGUAGUUCUGGUUACAAUUGGACAACCACAUCUUCUAAAUAAAUUUUAUUUGGUUAAGGCAUAUUUUUUCACAAGUGUGGCUGCGACAAUAAAUUGUGUACCAGAAAAUUCACUGAAAAUACUCUACCAGGGAGCUAGCCUUGGUGGCUCUGAGCGGAGCAAACCAACUGUCCCUAACUUGAAAGAGCUAUAUUUAAAGGAUGAUGGAGGUGGCUCAUUGCAUCAGCUUACAAAAGUUAAAGAUGAAUUUACUCUUAACAUGCUAAAGUCAGUUUUACUGAUGGAAGCUGAAGAAAGGCUGAACUUCCUUGUAUCUGAGAUGGAGCAUCCAGGCCACAAGGACCUAUCUCAGUGUUCUGCUGGUGAGUUGGAGAUUGUGGUGGAGGCCCGGCUUCAGCUGGCUGCAGUUGCCCUGCAGAGACACCGGGCAGCACACAGUGCUGCAAUAAUAUAUUCCACACUUAAACUUCUCCAAGAUUCAAAACUUUUUAAAAAGAAGGUAGUGCAAGAUGAUGCAGAAACCCCCCUUUCUCCAGGAACUUCUGUCUCAGACAAUAAAGAUGAUGAGUUUUUAGACCCUAUUUCCCUGAAUGCUCGAGAAUAUUUCAACAUUCAUCUGUGGUUGAGGUGCUGCUUAGCACUGGUGACGGCGUUUGUCUCACAAAUUCGUGGUAUUGGAAUUGUGAAAGAGAACGAUAUGACAGAUUGUUUGAACCUCAUCCGUGAAGUAUGUGUGGAAGCAAAAAGUGCAGAGGACUUGGAGCUACAGGCUGAAUUCUUGAUGCAAGCUGUAAUCCUUGGCCUGCAAGAAAAGCAUUUAAAGGCAGACAUCAUCACAAACCUUCAGGACAUAAUACAUUUACUUGAAGGAAAAGAAUUUAUAUCUCCUCGAUCUUGGUUAACUCUGGCGAGAAGCCUUGUUCUACUGGACGACUUAACAAAAGCUGAGAAAUUCAAGGAAUCUCCCUCUUCAAAAACAGAAAAGUUAAAGUUUUUGACUCAGGCUCACAAUAUUCUAAUUGAACAGAUGCUAACUUUUGGAGAAACAAUUGAAUUGUAUUUAUCAAACCCUGAAUAUGCAAAUCUUUUACAGCCUUUGAAAAAUAUCUAUCUUCCUCAUGUUAUGUUAUUGGCCAAAGUAAAAAUGAGAAUUGGACAUACAUUAGCCAAACAGGUAUAUUACAGCAAUAAAAAGAAGGACUCCUCAAAGUGGUUACCUGCUCUUCAUCUUUUUGAUAUUGCAUUGGGGCUUUGUAGGAUAACAGCUAUGGAGGAACAUGAGGUAGAAGCUGAAAUCCUCUUUCAGAAAGGCAAAAUAGAACGUCAAAUACUGAUGGAAGAGAAAUCUCCAACUAUGCAACUUGAGAGUUUAUUUGAAGCUGUACAACUCAGCUUGAAAAAUGAUCAAAACUCAGGAUUGAUAAGAGAUUCCUACCUAGAACUGGCCUUGUGGUAUCUGCAUCUGAAGAAGCCAAAGAGAAAGAAUUCAGCAACACCAUUAACACUUAAGCCUCUUUUCAGAAGGCAAAGUUCUGUUAAGGAAUCAACCAUAGAUAAAUUAGAAAUAUACAAUUCAUUGGCCUGGAUUGCAAUAAGAGCUGCAGCACAGGUCAGUGAAGCUGUGCUAGCAAUAAACCUACUUAUUGGAAAGAAGAAUGCUAGAACUGAUAAAGUUAGUGAAAUCAUAUUACCAAAUAUACCAGAAUUUGCCACCGUGGACCUUUUGUCUUCCUACACAGAUUAUUUGCUCGAUAACUACCAAGUUGACUUUCAGAAUUUCUGUACAGCUUUGUACCAAAAUGAUGACAUCUAUGACAACACAGAUGCUAGAACAAAGAUUCAGACCAAAGUAGAUAUCACAUGGAUCCUUCUCCUGCGCUACUACAUACACCUGCAAAGAAUCAAUAACUUGAGCAAAUUGCUAGCAUCUGCAAAGCCAGUAUCUGGAAUUUCCUUGCCAGAUGAUACGCUCCUCACAUCCGUUUACAACUCUGAACUGAUUUUACGCCAAAAAGAAAUGCAUAUUUUUCUUAAAAAGUACUUACAGCUAUAUUCUUCUUCUUGUAUUGAUGAAUUCCCCAAAGAACUUUUUCUAGGAUUGGAAAACCCACUUCUUUCAGAGAAAGUCUUAUAUGACACAUCAGCCAAGGUAUAUCAUGACAGUUCCCAACAGUCCGUUUUUUCUUUAAAGCUUUAUUCCAGUCCAUCUCCGACAGACAUAACAUCAUCAGAAAUGGCAAUACAAACUUUAAACAAAGAACUUUGUUUUCAGUGGUACAUUCCUCCCCUGGACAAACCUCCAAAGGACGGAGAACCUAUGGUUUUAUUAUUGUGUGCAUAUAAUACAAAGCUCAUGAAGAGUUCAGAUAUUAGACUUUCUAAUUGUAGCAACAUAUUUGUUGACUCUUUCUGGAUUCCAUUGAAUAGGGUUAUUUCAGUUCAUGAGAAACUAUCUAAUCUUGCACAAAUAGCUGAACUAUCAUUGCCAGCAAUUCCUGAAAUUACUUCAAAUGAGGAUGCAUAUAAAAUGGAAGAAACAGAAGAGAAACCGAUUGAUAAAGAUAUGGAAAACAUGAUUAUUGAAUGCUGCUCUGAAAUACUAGCUCUGUUUUUGAAUGACAGAGAGCCAACACCACUAACUGAGGUCCCAUUUGAUAUUUCGCUGCCUUCUAUAUUCAAUCUUGAGAGACUCUUUGAUCUUGCUAAUGGCUGUAUUAUAUCAGGAGGAAGCCUUUUCAACUGGAUUGUGUCCAUUAUUUCAUGAACAUCCUUUACAGGGGAUCUAUAAAACUGAGAAAUCAAUCAAAAGUGUGUCAUCAGAUUGAAGAAUUUUUCAACAGUAUCUAUCAGCCUUUGGAAAUGUGGUGAGAAGAAAUAGUGAUGAUUCAAUAUACUGCUUCCACUGAAAGUUCCAGUUCAGAUUUGGAUCUUGCUCCAUCUGAUUACUUAUGAUGGAUGCAGAUACUCCAAACAUAACUUUGAGUUUUUGCUGUUAUUUACACUUCUGUACAUUUCUUUAGUUUGCUUUUAUUUUGUCCAGCUAAUCUAUUUUCUUAGUUGCUUUCAACUUCCCCAUUCUCUUCUGUGUUUUGAAAAGAAUAAACAUUUGACUAAAUUAAAACUACCAUCU